AUGUUUACAGGAUUUAUUCUUGACUUAAGUGCUGCAAAUUAUUUAAAAAUUGUUCGCAGUAAUUUUUCAAAAAAUAGUAAAAUAUGCAAAGUGGUAAUUAAGUGGGAUUUUGGAAAGGUUAAGCUCAAAUUCGCAGAAAACCAAGCAAUUAUUUGGCGUGAGAGGUUUCUGUCCACAUUUGGUUCUUCUGAUGGCCAAGAAAAUAAUGCCCAAUCGCUUUUAUCAGUAAAUCAAACUAAAAAUGCCAGCAGAACUAGUAAUAAUGACUUGAUGAUAUUAGAUGAAGGCUGGGAUACAACGGAAUCAGUUACAAGCAUGACAGGCAGUUAUACCUUACGCUCUCAGUUAUCAGAAAAUCUUGAAGAUAUCAGUGAAAUAUCUCAAGCCAAUAUGAAUGAUUCUGCCAAAUCUUCUGUUACUUCCGAAAUCAAGAAACUUUGUAACUAUCAUCGACUACUUGAAAUAAUUAAUCGUAAAAAAUCUAGUAAAAAUAAAAAUGAUAUAAAAGAACAACAUAUGCCAACAGAAAAAAUUCACGAGAAUAAUGAAGAGGUUGAAAGCACUAAUCCACAAGCUGAUGGAAUACGUAUAAAUAAAGAAAAUUCUAAUAACGCUGAAUUCUAUAAUAAACCGAAUACUGGAUUUAAUCUGCUGUUGCAAGAGCCAUUGGAAAGUACAGUAUAA